AUGGCAGCGACAAUCAGAUCUCUCACCGACAUCGCGUUGGUUCGUUGGGCCUCCAUUUCUACGCCAGUCCGAGAACACAUGGCCGAUGAGGCAAUAUUUCGCGCAGAAGACUUCAGCCAGUGGAAACGGUUAGUUCGAGUCACUGCUUACGUGUUUAGGUACUUAAGAAAGCUUCGUCGAGAGGGGAAUUACGGUGUACUAAAACGGGAAGAGCUACUGAUUGCUGAAGAGUUUCACUACCGUCAAGCGCAAAUAGAGGCCUAUGAAGAGGAGUAUCGUAAUCUGGAGACAGGCACAACAGCAAUUUCUAAGCGAAGUUCUAUUUAUAAGCUUUCAGCGUUCAUGGAUGAGAAAAAGCUACUUCGGAUGGAUGGCAGAACAGGUGCGUGUCGGUACCUGGACCCCGCAACGGUGAAACCCAUUAUAUUACCAUGGAAACAUGCCAUCACCAGACUUAUUGUUGCAUCGUAUCAUGACAUGUAUCACCAUCAGAAUCGAGAAAUGGUUGUAAACGAAAUUCGUCAGAAAUUCUACAUCGCAAAUCUCCGUCGCGUAUGCAAUCAAGUGCGAUCAGGAUGUCAACGCUGUAAAAACCGCAAUGCUAAUCCCCUUCCUCCAAAGAUGUCCGACCUACCCCCUUCUCGUUUAGCAGCUUAUACAAGGCCCUUUACUCAUACAGGGUUAGACUACUUCGGCCCGUUGGAAAUCGUGGUAGGGCGAAGAACUGAGAAAAGGUGGGGUGCAUUAUUCGUCUGCCUUACUACUAGGGCCAUACACCUUGAAGUCGCGUAUAGUUUAAGUUCCACCUCCUGUAUCAUGGUUAUAAGAAGUUUCAUGGCCCGUCGCGGAACCCCAGCGGCCUUUUACAGCGACAGAGGAACGAAUUUCGUAGGGGCAUACCGAGAGCUUAAGGAGGCCUUGGCAAAAAUGGAUCACGACGCUAUAGCAGAGGAAUUUAUUAGCUCGCAAACAGAUUGGAUCUUCAACCCUCCAGCUUCACCCCAUAUGGGUGGAAGCUGGGAACGGCUUGUUCGUUCCGUGAAACGAAUUCUCCCAGAGCUGCGAGUAUCGAGGAAACCAAACGACGAGGAACUACGUAACGCCUUUGCAGAAAUAGAAAGCACUCUAAACAGACGUCCGUUAACUCAUGUGCCGGCAGACUACGAAUCACACCAUGCCUUAACUCCCAAUCACUUUUUGCUGGGCAGUUCGGAUGGGUCGAAACCGCUGACGGACAUUAGCAACGAAGGUAUAACUCUGAAAAGAGGGUGGAUGAUCUCGCAAGCAAUAGCUAACCAAUUCUGGAAACGAUGGUUGCACGACUACCUCCCAGAGAUCACCCGGCGGACCAAGUGGUACGAACCAGUCAAACCUAUCAAGGUAGAUGAUAUCGUCGUUAUAGCUGAUCCUGAUCUCCCAAGAAAUUGCUGGCCUAAGGGACGAGUAAUCAAGACAACCAACAGAGAUGGCCAAGUAAGAAGAGUUUGGGUUCAAACCAGUAAAUCCAUCUACGAGAGACCUGCCGUUAAAAUCGCCGUACUGGACAUAGAUGGAAGUAAGACGAUCUCGGAGUAG